GGCAUCCCCAUCGAAUUCAAGCACAUCCAUGGCGGGCAUUAGCAUUGAGAUGCGUCCGAGAUCACUGUCAUCAAGCCCAAGCUGGAGUACUUGGGCAUAUCAACCAAUGGAAAUUCUUUAUCAGGGCAAGAAGCGCAUCUUCUUGGCGGAGAAACAAGAAACGAUCGUGGAAGGGAUGCAAUGAGCGUGGUGGUGCUGCAGCUUGGGCAGGGUGGAAACCAGUAUGGGCUUGCGCUGUUCAAUGCAUUGGCCUCCUCGCGCGGAUCACCCUUGCCCUGCGAGUUUUUCGAAGAGAGCGGGAGCAAAGGCGAGCUCCCUCGAGCAAGAGCGCUUCUCAUCGACAUGGAGCCCAAGGUUGUGGCUGCGGUGACCAGAAAGGCGAAUGGUGGUGCUUGGAAGUAUGACUCGCGCAGCUGCUUCACUCUCGACAGUGGAUCUGGAAAUAACUGGGCGGCGGGCUACUGCAGCAACGGAGCUACAUGUCGCGAGCCAGUGUUGGAGCAAAUUCGCCUCAAGGUUGAGAAAUGCGAUUGCUUUGGAGGUUUCCUCGGCAUCCAGAGCUUGGCUGGUGGUACUGGAGCCGGUUUUGGAGCUUACGUUCUGGAAGCUCUCAAGGACGAGUAUCCAUCCGCUUGCAUCUUCAGCCACAGCAUCUGGCCCUUCCAGAGCGGCGAGGUCGUCGUGCAAAACUACAACGUCUUGCUCACGCUCGCCAAGCUCCACGAAGUCGUGGACGGCAUCAUCACGGUGGAGAACGAGUCCCUCGUCGCGGCUUGCAAGAAAACUCUCGGAAUCCCAAGCCCUUCGUUCGUGGAGAUGAACAGCGUCGGAGCUCAUGCUCUGGCCUCGCUGCUGCUACCUUCGUUUUGGAGGCCGAUCCAAGCCUCGCAAGCUUCAACUUGCAACUCCUCCCAGCUCCGAGUGAGGCUCCUCUCCGACUUGGCCUACGCUCUGUGUGCUCAUCCGGCGUACCGAAUGCUCACAGUCUACUCCACACCACAGGUCCGUGUGGAGUCCCUCGACUUUACAACUUUCGCGUGGCCAUCGCAGCUCAAACAGCUGAAACGCAUCGCGUAUCCGGUGGAGCUGGAGCAAGUCCCCGGCGAGACGAGGCUGGCCAAGUCGGUGCAAAAAUCGGUGGCGAGUUUGCUGGCGCUCCGGGGCCCCGGCGCCGGGACAGCCGACGUGAGCAUGAUGAGGGAGCCGAGCUUAUACCCGAGCUGGUGCAUCGAUCCUCUAAACGUCUGUGCCAACGACAAGGAGAUAAUCAAGGAUGGAGGGCUUGCUGUUGGGAUGAUGAGCAAUUGCCAGGGUGCCAUUCUUCCGGCGUCCAAGGCCCUCACUCGAGCUUACGCCAUGUUUUACUCCAAGGCCUACCUUCAUCAGUAUCUCAAGCAUGGCCUGGACGCUUCCUUCUUUGAGGCUGCGUUUGCCACUGUGGAGGACGUUUGCCAUAGCUAUAGCAUUCUCUAAAGGAAGUUUAUAACUUAAUCCUCGAUAGAACUUAAUCCCUCUUCUAACAUCACAGGAUUGAUCAGGCCGUGGGAUUAAGUUUGGCGGGAGUAACUCUAUCCUUUGGAUCCCAA